UCUACUGACUUAAAACAGCACUUGAUUGCGAACGGAAUGGCUGUUAUUUGCACAUGCUCGACGUGUUUCCCUUCCAGGACCAGUAGAAUGGUGUCCAUCGUCCCAGAUCGGUUCGGAGAAGACUGUCUCAUGUCGCCUGCGGAUGGACUGUCGUAAACCUCAUGUUCCUCUGCUUACCAGGAGCUUAUAACGCCAUCGUCCAUCCAUUCUCUCCGUGCACCUCAGAGAAGAAGACCAAUAGCCUUCCUGUUCUCUGCUGUCCAACGCUCGACAUGACUGCUACCGACAUCGACGUCUCGUUGGCUGAAAAAUUCCAGUUCGAAGAUGCAGAUGUGAUCAUUCGUGCAGGAGGAGCCAACUUCUCUGCUCACAAACUUAUCCUCUCGCUUGCAUCCCCCGUCUUCAAACACAUAUUUUCCCUUCCCCGCAACGAGAGUUCGCAAGAGGGCGUACCCAUCGUUGAGGUGACCGAGGAUGCACAAUCCAUUCACGACGUACUUUCCCUCCUUUACCCUAACAUCGACGAUCCCAAUAUCAGCGAUCUGAUCGUGAUGCAUCGCGUUCUGCUUGCUCUACGCAAGUACGAAAUGUUGAAAUUAAAGGCACGUAUGGCACGACGACUUGAGAGGGCAGCAUGGGGCAAGUCAGCGCGAAUCUUCGCCAUUGCUUGCCAUGCAGGAUUGGCGGAUACCGCUCGCGCUGCUGCUCAGGGUACAUUGUUACUCGAAAGGAAUACCUUGAUCACCAGCGUCAUUCCCGAGAACAAGAAGCUAUCUGCGGAAACAUUCCAGAAAUUGCUGCGAUACCAUAUCGAAUGUGGAGAAGUGGCACAAGCGCAAGCGGAAGUCCAAGCUGGCGUUACUCAAAAUGUAGCACGUUCGGACUGGCUCUGGCUGAGAUUCCAAUCUGAUGAAUGCCCUGAACCGCUGAUUCGUCGCCAUGUUUGAUGUCUAUGCUAGAACUUCCGUUGUUAUCAUAUACGAUGAAUUUGAACUUCACACUGCACAGUUUACGGUGGCAACAUGAUCGCGCUAUGUAAGCUUACGGCCGCAUAGUCGUUCAAAUUUGAUCGG